AUGACUACCAUAUUCAUAUACAAAUCAUGCCUUUUCUCUUUCAGUAUCAUUGGAGCAGUGAGAACUGGGUGCUUCAUGUUGUACAUGCUCCGAAACAGUGGCUUUAAGCAGUCUGUUUGUGAUCAGAGCUUCUACUAUGGGCCUAUAAGCAAGUUCUGGGCUUGUGCCUUUGUGCUGAGCAAGGCCCCAGAGCUAGGGGACACCAUGUUCAUCGUCUUGCGCAAGCAGCGGCUGAUCUUCCUGCACUGGUAUCAUCACAUUACCGUGCUGGUGUACUCCUGGUAUUCCUACAAAGACCAGGUCGCCGGUGGUGGCUGGUUCAUGACCAUGAAUUACACCGUGCACGCGCUCAUGUACAGCUACUACACUGCUCGAGCUGCUGGAGUCCGUGUGCCGAAACCCUGCGCCAUCAUCAUCACUUCCUCUCAGAUUGCUCAGAUGGCCAUGGGGCUGGCAGUAAGUGCACUAGUGUACCAAUGGAUGCAGGAUGGGGAUUGCCAUUCUUACAUAGAUAACAUAGUGUGGGCUUCACUCAUGUAUCUCAGCUAUCUGCUCCUCUUCUCUUCUUUCUUUUAUCAGUCUUACAUGAAGGGUUCAAAACAAGCCACAAGCAUAAAAAAUGACUGAUAUACAGCCCUGAGGUUUGAAUACAAGAUUUUAUUUCUGAUGGUUUACCUUAUGCAUAUUUAUUUCAUUAGGUGAACAAUGAAUGUGUGUGUAUAUAUAUUUUUUUUAAACAACAGCCAGACCGUAAUAGCUGUGUCUCGUGCCGUUUCAGGGCUGUUAUCUGUUCAUUAUUUUCUAGUUUGUAUUAGCUGAGCAAAGCGCAUCAAAUACAACUCUUGUUUUUGCUGUUGAGAACUUAAAUGGUUUUGAAGAACUUCCAGGCACUUUUGGAGGGUGAUUUUAAAACCUAUGGGUCCUCUAUGACUUCCCCCCCCCCCAGUCUUACAGGCCACAGGUUUCUAAUCUUCAAAAGUCCAUGUUUGUUUACUCUUUGGAGACUUGAUAACAUGGCCUGAACCCAGCUGAAACAUAUGGUGUAUGUUGAAGCAUGUGCCAAGAUCCUUGUAAUCUGUGCUCCUCGUCAAAGAACAAGUGAGAAAUUUGUCAAAAGAUUCCUAAUGUGAAUGUACAACUUCACAUGUUUCAUUUGGCCACCCUUUCUAAAUUUCAUCCAUGCUUCCCUGGGUGUGUAGGUAUUGCAUACUAGUUCAGUGUGUCCACCUCAUGAUGUCACAGAAACUUGAAUGAUCUGUGCUGACUGGUUGGACAGGAUCCCAGGCAUUUAAAUUGGGCAUUUUUAGCUGGAUUUCUCUGAAAGGACGACACCCAUGUUCUCGCUCUCAUUCUGUGCAUGUUUCUGUCAUGAGUUCACUGCAGCUCUUAUUCACUGAAGUUACAGUAUGUAAAACCAGCUGAAGAACGAUUGAUAUAAGACUCUUUCACGUUUGAAUAACACAUGGGAAGAGUCCGUAUGAAAUGGCUCUUUCCUGCUUUUGUGGCUGUACUGAUUACUGAAUUUGUGCUUCACAGAACCAUUAACCGUCCCUAUAAUGGUGUUUGUUACUUGAGCCAUUAAUUAAAAUGCACAGUUGUAUUUGUAUUUAUCUUGUAUAUCACAGUCACAUUUGGGAAUUAAUGGUUGUGUGGGUAUUUAUUUUUCCACUGAAACUACAGUGAUAAUGUUUCCAUCUAAAUGGUCUUUUAAAAGAUCUUGUAUUAUGUGAUAGUAGAGAACAAUCCUUUGAGAAUAUUGAGUGGAAUUAUGCGCUCUAACAUAGUAUCAUCUGAAAUGUUGCUGCUACGGUCCAAGCUUAUUUAUUUUUUUUCUGUCAUCUGGUCUGUUCCGGUUCAAGACUGUGAAAGAAUUGCCUACUUUUGUAUUUCUGUUUAAAGGAAGUUUUGAUUAAAAGAUUUUAUGACUUUUGUCUUAAAAUAUGUUGGAGAUGGUAGCCAUAUAAUAACUUUGCUGCAUUAGGAACCGCAACGUUGAAUGUAGUGGCACUAGCCUACAUUACAAGGCAUAGUUUACUACUACUGUAUUUUUAAAAAAGGAGAAUAAUGUAAUAAAGGUGCCGAAUGUAAACAUUUAUCUUUCCUACCUGAUCAUCUGUACAGGUUCUUAGCUGCUGUGAAGUAAUUAUGAUUAUGUAUAUAUUUUUGUCAUUAAAACAGUUUCUGUA